AACAUCUUUCUCACCGUCGCGCGCGGCGACAGCGCCCUCCCUCAUGCCUCUGCUCUCCCGCACCUCGCUCAUCACCGCCAACGGCAGCACAGAUGCCCUCGACGUCGAGCUCCCCAUGGCCGCCAUCCCCGCCAAGAAUGCGGACAAGCACCCGCACACCGCUGUGACCGCCCCCGUGAGCUCGACGACGCUCCACGCCACCCUGAGCCUGCCGCCCCCGGUCGUCCAGGGCUCUGUGUCCUCAGGCCGACGGGGCAAGAAAAAGUCGGCCCGGGUCGACGGCGGGCUGCGGGUGCACUGGGCACAGUUCAAACGCCGGAUAGGGACCGGCACGGCGCCCUCGACGUCCUCUGCGCUCGAGCCCGACGACAGCGGGGACAGCUCCAGCAAUGCGCAGAUGCGCCAGGACGCACAGCACGAGGUCGAGGACGACGGCGUCGACGAGGUCGUCGUCGACCGCGAAUGGUCCGACGAGAUCAAGAGCUCCUCGAUCACCCACUCUGAGCAUGGGGGGACUCCUGAGAAGUCAUGCAACCAGCUCGGGACGAGCACCGACAGGGAGAGUCUUGCGUUUCAUGUGGACGGUAUGUGGGCGUCGUGCGGCCUGCUCAUAUUCCUGCGCUGGCGGGUAUGGCCGACCGUCCACCAGUUCUUCGCACACCAUUUCGUAGACGAGAAAUCGGAGAUGCACUACAGGAAGGAGAACUGGUUCCUCGGAAAGAAUCUGGCACUGUGGUCCACCGCAUUCUUGAUUGUGAACUGGGUUCUGGCAUUAGGGUUCAUUCAGCGACCCGUCGUUCUCCCAGACAAGAUCUUCUACUAUGCGGUGUCCCCUGCCAUCACAUUUCCGGUGGUCAUAUUCGUGAUGUGGGACUUCCCCCGGGAUCGCCAGCUACUUUAUCAAUGCUGGCUGGUGGUCGCCUGUUGGAUGUGGUCGCUAUACCAGAUUAUCUUCAUCUACACGUCUGCGAUGCAAACGAUUGGCUUGUUCGGUCUGCGGCUGCAUAGACUCCCGGCGCUUCUCGCGGCGGCCGUCUUCUUUACACUGCGUCGCUCACCAUUCGUGUCUGCAGCUCCUGCGGUCUUAUCUUGCCGAUGCGUGCGCCAUUUGUCCGAAGUAUGGCUGGUCUGCGGUGAUCUCAUCAACUUCCUGUUGUUCCAGGCGUUUAUUCUGUACAUCCACUACAUGCGCGAAAACGCUGAGCGACGACUAUACACACUUCGAGAUCAGCUAAAAAUCCAGUUCCGAGCGACGCAAAAGGCGCAGGUGAACGAGCGAAAGGCGGCGGACUCAAAGCGGCGGCUCACGUCGUACGUCCGAGUGCCGCUGAAUACAGCAUUGCUCGCGGUGCAGAACAUGGAGGCGCACGGCUCCGUGCCCAAGGCGCAGGAAAUUGAGUUCAAGGCGCUCGAGGGAAGUCUAAGCAUGAUGUCCAAAGGUGCUGAGGCUGCCACCAGCAACCGGAUGGACAGCGGACGCUUCGAGUCUGUACAUAAGCCCUAUGCGUUCCACCAAGUCAUGCAAUCGAUGUUUGUCCCGCUGCAGAUGGCCACGAACGCACGCGGGUUGGAGUUUGCACAAGAUUUAGACAAGCGUAUCGACGAGGUCACCCGGCGGGCUUUGUAUGAAGCGCUCGGCGAGAGUCAGUCCGUCAUUGACAGGCGAAUGACGGAAGAGCCAGAUGGAGAUGGCAUCGUUGUUGGCGACGAGACGCGCCUCCGGCAGAUCAUUACCAAUCUCGCAAGCAACGCCUGCAAGUUCACCCCCGCCGGCGGGAAGCUCACGAUAUCCACAAAGCUGAUUAUCCCGCAAUUGCCUCCCGGCCCUGACGGCUCUGACACGAGCGAGACGGCUGGCGAAGACGGCAGAGAUUCAAGACCACAAUCAGUCGCGUCGCUGCAUGUGCCCCCGCCCCAGGGCGCCGAUCAGAAGCAGACUAACGAUGACGAGCUAUCACCGCCGUUCCCACACCGCCUCUCAGCCACGCAGCUCACACGGCACAAUACAAUGCACAACAAGCCGCCGCCAGUGGAGUGGAUUGUCGUUCGAAUUGAGGUGUCGGACACCGGAUAUGGUAUCAGGCCGAAGGACAUGGUUCAGAGCAAGCUAUUUUCUGCAUUCAACCAGACCGAACAGGGUCGACUACAAGGUGGAAAAGGCACAGGUCUCGGUCUAGCGCUUGUGCGACAGAUCGUCAAGCUCAGUGGCGGUCGCCUCGGUGUCAAGUCGAAGGUUGGAGAAGGAUCGACGUUCUGGGUGGAGCUUCCGCUGGGCGUCGGGAUCAAGGCCACACCGGCGUUGCUGAUGCCUCGAGAAGCCCGUGAAUUUAUCUUCGAUACUACUAGCAGCGUCACGAAGACCAUGAAGACGGGAUCGAGCAGUAAGAUUGAGCUACUAGGGGAUGAUCUUGAUACCAGAUUGCCAUUACAAUCUGACCCGCCUCGUCAGGCGUCAGCGCUGCAUAGUAUCAUGGAGCAAGGCGGUCUUGUGGAGAUUUCGACUAGGCGAGGAGAGCGGUCGCCAGUCCUGACACGGACACUAGGAGACGUUUCAACCGGGACGCAACCUCUCGCGGAAGAUAUCACGCCACCAUGUGCCACAGAACCUCUUCCGCCCGUCUCCAGCGAAAGCUCGUCAUCUACGAUCAGGCCACGAUUAACGCAGCUGCCGAAGCCAAGAACAUUCUUGAUCGAGCCGCCAUUAUCCCCGGCAGGCUCCGCCACCACCGCCUCCACGCGUAACGGCAGCACAACAAGCGGAUCCACGCAGGACGGGCCGCUGCGGGUCCUCGUUGUUGAUGACGACCUACUUACGCGCAGGCUCAUGUCCCGCAUGUUGACGCGGAUAGGCUGCAAAGUGGCAACUGCGGAGAACGGGGAGAUAGCGCUCGAGAUGAUACUCGGGUCACAUGCCACGCCGUCAUCUGAAGACACCGGAAGCGCCGGCUUGUCGACAGAGGGCACAACGGCGUCGUCGGCGGUGGCGGAUUCGAGCGAGGAGUACCGCUAUGCGGUGAUAUUCCUUGACAACCAGAUGCCCAUACUAUCGGGGCUGGACGUGGUCACGAAGCUGCGGGAAAUGGGCCGAAGCGAUUUCGUCGUUGGUGUUACCGGGAACGCACUUCUGACAGACCAGCGGGAGUAUCUAGAAGCUGGGGCGGAUCAUGUUUUGACGAAACCUGUCCUCGAAAAAAGCCUGAAGAGCAUGCUUGUUAUUGCGGACGAGCGUCGCAAAGAGCGGAUACUCUCCACUGCAGAGCCGCCACAACUAGCAGCAGCACCGUCACCGUCACCGUCACCGUCACCGCCAUCAUCGCCAUCAUAGCAUAUUGUCUAGGGUUUGAGUUCCCGUCUAUUUCUUUUGCUUUCUGAUGUCCAUAUACGCUUUU